AUGUUUUCUACAUUCGUUCUUUCUGCACUGGCUCUCUCGAGCCAGGUAGUGGCUGUCAACUUCACCUCCACUUCGCCAGCCGACGUUGCUGCUGCUCGCGACAGUGCCUUAACUCUCAGUCCAACUAGCAAGGUCCCUGGCAAGGCCUUCGACCGCUUCGUGACCAUCUGGCUUGAGAACACUGAUUUCGACAAGGCGGCUAGCGAUCCCAAUCUUGCCUGGCUGGCCAAGAAGGGUAUCAUUCUUAGCAACUACAACGGAGUCACCCACCCCAGUGAGCCAAACUACGUUGCUUCCAUCGGAGGUGACAACUUUGGCAUGGAUAACGAUGAUUUCAACCAAAUUCCUGGUAAUAUAUCCAGUAUCAUUGACUUGCUGGAGGAUAAGGGCAUUUCUUGGUCACAAUAUCAACAGGAUAUGCCCUACUCCGGCUUCGAGGGCAAGGCCUGGGUGAACCAGCAGACUCAGGCCAAUGACUACGUCAGAAAGCACAAUCCUGCUGUUAUUUAUGAUGCAAACACCAGCGCUGAGAGACUGGCUAAGAACAAGAACUUGACCGAGUUCUACAGUGACCUUGAAGCCAAGAAGCUUCCUCAAUGGAUGUUUAUCACGCCUAACAUGACAAACGAUGGCCAUGAUACUAGUGUCACAACUGCUGGUGCCUGGACUCGUAGCUUUUUGGAGCCUCUUCUCAACGACGACCAUUUCAUGCACAACACCCUUGUUCUGAUCACUUUCGAUGAGUCCCACACAUACACCAUCCAGAACCGUGUCUUCAGUAUCCUUCUCGGUGAUGCGGUUCCAAAGAAGCUGGUUGGCACCACUGAUUCUCAGUACUACAACCACUAUUCUGAGAUCAGCACUGUUGAAGCAAACUGGGACUUGAGCACUCUUGGCCGUUGGGACGUCGGUGCCAACGUCUUCUCCUUCGUUGCUGAAAAGACCGGUGAUGUGAACACACCCUGGCCCGCUGCCUCUGGUGCCAACUCUAGCCACUUCUUCAACAGCUCUUUCGCCGGUCCAUUCAACGACGAUGACAGGGUUUCUAAACUUCCCGUCCCUAACACCAAACUUGUCAGAAACGGCCGCAAGGUUCUCGGCAAGAUUGCUCGCACUUGGGGUGCUUUCCAGAGCCAGACUUACUACGAGAACACCGUUCAGAUCCCUGACGGCAUGCACCCUCCUCAGGGCUGGUAA